CGUGAGAUGGUUACUAUGACACCGAGACUGAACACAAACGCCCCUGUGACGCAAUUUGACAGGUGUCUUGUGUUGAAGUGCUCCUUACCUCGACACCGUGUGUUUUUAAAAAAUAAGACCUCUUUUUUGUGUCUGCUCCAGCCAAAACAUGGACGAGUACGAGAAGGUUUUGUGUUUGGGCAGGGGAGGAACGGCAGACGUGUUCCUGAUGAGGCACGUAGCGCGCAAGAGCCUGCACGCAGUGAAGAGGAUCAAAGUAGAGGACACGAGGAAAGCAAAAACACAGAGGGCAAUUCUGCAAGAGGCUGAAAUCAUUAGGAGACUGGAGCACCCUCAUAUAGUCAAAUGCAGCAAUGCCUUUGUGAACGCUGAAGACGGAUUCAUUUACAUUGUGAUGAGCUACUGUGAUGGUGGAACCUUAGAUGACAAAGUUAAAGAGAGGAAACCAAAGGAGUUUUUCCCAGAGGAUGCGGUGAUGGGGUGGUUUGUACAGGUCGCCAUGGCUGUAAAUUACAUACACGUGGCUAAAAUACUUCACAGGGACAUCAAAACCUCAAAUGUACUUUUGACAAAGCAAGGCCUGGUGAAGUUAGGGGACUUUGGGAUAUCCAGAGUGAUGACUUGCACAGCUGAUAUGGCCUCCACAUGUGUUGGGACACCCAGCUACCUCAGUCCAGAGCUUUGCCAGGACGUCCCGUACAGCUCCAAGUGUGAUAUCUGGGCCCUUGGCUGUCUGCUGUAUGAGAUCUGUGCUCUCAGGCCUCCGUUUGCAGCCACAAACCUCCUGAGUCUGUUCUACAAGAUCACCAAAGGAGAGUAUGAUCCUGUGGAUAAUGUCUACUCUGACAACAUCUCCUCUUUGAUCCAGAGGAUGCUCCACCUCAACCCAGAAAGCAGGCCAAGCGCUGCCUGUAUACUCAGCAGUACCUUUGUGCAAGAUCACCUGGAAUCUAUCAAACACACAGAGGCUGUCUGUGUUCCUGCGACUGCAUCAGACAAUGACGCCACACUACGGCCAGUUCUCCGUCAGUCCCAGUCACUGGAAGAGAAAAAACACGAUACGGAGGCCUGUUCCAGUGAUGUGGAGGAGGAGGACCAUGAUGAACUGCGUGUUGGAGGACAAAACCCCCGCGACUGCCUCUACCCUGAGGACUUUGACGAAGAUGAGAGUUUGUCCUCUCUUGAGGAGCACAGUGGACACUCGGGGUCACCAAUGAUGAGUGAUUCUGCUGAGCCUAUUGAGGCGCCUGACGUCUCAGAACAAGUUGAGUAUCCAGAUGACUUUGAAGAAGCCGAGGUGGAAGACGAACAUGAGGACGAAGCAGCCUUAGUUCACUCUGCUGCCCAGGAUGAUGCCCCGGAGGAGGAGUUUCAGCUCUGUGAUGCUGGAGGAUUGACCGUCACCCUGAAAGCACUGAAGGAAAAAGGCUAACGACGCCCUCACACCCUUAAAAAAAACGGGCCCUCACAGCCGGAACAGUGAAAUAUCUGUCAUGUGCCUUGUUAAGUGUUUUUAUGCAACUGCUGUAAAAAAAAAAAAGGACAUCAGGCCUUCUAUGUUUAA